GCGCGAGGCCUCCUGGGAAGUGAAGUCCGGAGGCCAGGGGUGGCCGGCUCCCAGCGCGCCAAGGUGCUAACACCCUAACUCCCGUUCCUCCUCGGCGUUUCUUCUCCAAGUCCGAAGUCAGGGUCCAGGACUGCUGCGAUGCAUCAGCCCCGCCUCUCAUCCCCCAUCCAGAGGAGGCGGAAAUGUUCCGGUGAACGCGAAGCCUCCCACUACGAGCCGGCCCUCAGCAAGGCCGUGCGCAGUGUGGGCGGGAGCCCUAAGUCAGCUAGCGGCAACGCUGGGAGGGCCCGGAGCAGGCCGGGCCCAGAACAGUGAAGGCUCCAACAUGGCGGCCAGACUGGCCAUAGAGCGGGAAGAGAAAGCCGGGGACUAGCAGGCCGCACGGCGCAGACGGGGCCCGCGUCCUCCAUUUACUUCCGGAAUUUAAAGCCGGCUUCCGGAAGCCGGGAGGAUGUCCCCAUGACAACCGACGUUGGAGUUUGGAGGUGCUUGCCUUAGAGCAAGGGAAACAGCUCUCAUUCAAAGGAACUAGAAGCCUCUCCCUCAGUGGUAGGGAGAGAGCCAGGAGCGGUUUUCUGGGAACUGUGGGAUGUGCCCUUGGGGGCCUGAGAAAACAGAAGGAAGAUGCUCCAGACCAGUAACUACAGCCUGGUGCUCUCUCUGCAGUUCCUGCUGCUGUCCUAUGACCUCUUUGUCAAUUCCUUCUCAGAACUGCUUCAAAAGACUCCUGUCAUCCAGCUUGUGCUCUUCAUCAUCCAGGAUAUUGCAGUCCUCUUCAACAUCAUCAUCAUUUUCCUUAUGUUCUUCAACACCUUCGUCUUCCAGGCUGGCCUGGUCAACCUCCUAUUCCAUAAGUUCAAAGGGACCAUCAUCCUGACAGCUGUGUACUUUGCCCUCAGCAUCUCCCUUCAUGUCUGGGUCAUGAACUUACGCUGGAAAAACUCCAACAGCUUCAUAUGGACAGAUGGACUUCAAACGCUGUUUGUAUUCCAGAGACUAGCGGCAGUGUUGUACUGCUACUUCUAUAAACGGACAGCCAUAAGACUAGGUGAUCCUCGCUUCUACCAGGACUCUUUGUGGCUGCGCAAGGAGUUCAUGCAAGUUCGAAGGUGACCUCUUGUCACACUGAUGGAUACUUUUCCUUCCUGAUAGAAGCCACAUUUGCUGCUUUGCAGGGAGAGUUGGCCCUAUGCAUGGGCAAACAGCUGGACUUUCCAAGGAAGGUUCAGACUAGCUGUGUUCAGCAUUCAAGAAGGAAGAUCCUCCCUCUUGCACAAUUAGAGUGUCCCCAUCGGUCUCCAGUGCGGCAUCCCUUUCUUGCCUUCUACCUCUGUUCCACCCCCUUUCCUUCCUUUCCCCUCUGUACCAUUCAUUCUCCCUGACCGGCCUUUCUUGCCGAGGGUUCUGUGGCUCUUACCCUUGUGAAGCUUUUCCUUUAGCCUGGGACAGAAGGACCUCCCAGCCCCCAAAGGAUCUCCCAGUGACCAAAGGAUGCGAAGAGUGAUAGUUACGUGCUCCUGACUGAUCACACCACAGACAUUUAGAUUUUUAUACCCAAGGCACUUUAAAAAAAUGUUUUAUAAAUAGAGAAUAAAUUGAAUUCUUGUUCCAUAAA